AAACAAUUGGUAUAUAUUAUAUUGAGGAAGCUUAAUGAUCAUGAAAUGAACAACUUGUAUGUACAAUUAUGAUGUAUAUAAAACCAUGGCGAACACCAAUUGAGGGUUCCAAUUAAAGAUCCGGUUAUAAUUUUUUAAGCUUAAAAUUAUUGCCCUGUAAGUAAAAAAUUAAACUAUUUUUAAUUCCAAUAUAUUUUGAGAAACAUUUUGGUAAUCUUUUAACAAAUACGAAAUGUUUUCAAGAAAUUUAAAUUUUAAAUCCUUUUUUUAUUUAGAGGUCGAGAAUUUUGAGUCUCAAAAACUUGAAACCGGUUCUUUGAUUGGGACCCUCAAUUUCAAUAAGACGUAAUAAAUAUUUUAUCCUUAGAUACAAUCUCUUACGAAAUGAAAGUGUUUCUACAAAGCGUGACACAAUGUAUUUUCUUCAUGUAAUAGUCAGAGAAAUUGUGUGACAAAGGAGGGUUUGGAAAUAUAUAAGAAAAGUGUAUGACUCUUUGGCUUCCGCACGUUUUCGAGUUCAAUAGUCAUAGAAAAAACAUGCCCCUUUACUUCCGAGUACUCGCCACCUGCUGUCGGUUCUGCUAUCUCUAAAAGCAUUUCAAAAGGUCAUGAAAAAUAAAGUAUUUUCGAGCCUUCUAAAAGCAAACUCUUGAUAAUUAUUAUGGACAACUUUUUUUUUAAGAAAAAACAGUAUUAUUAUAUUAAUCUUUAUCAAUUCAAGUUCAGGUGCAAUAGUUGUAAGUAGAUAGAUUUAUCUUCUGGUUCACUGAAAAAUUUUAUCAACUCAAAACUUGGUCGGUUGAUUUGGUGACAAGUGUGCAGUAAAACUAUUUCAUCCUUUUUCACAUAAAAAUUGAUUUUGAGCCCGUACGUAUGAUUGCUUAGUGGCCGUAGCGUUGCUAGGCAACCUAGAACAAAACAAUUGUGUAUAAUACGCGUAGUGCAUCACAUUGACGACAGUAUAUGUUUCUUAUUUUCAAUUGAAUUGUAUUCUUCCAAGUGAAAAGUAGAUGCUUGAGUGUAAUAUAAAGGAAAAAAUUAUCUAAUAUAAUGUCGGACGAAGUAAAGCCAGAUGUCAUUAAGAAAACUCAAGACAUACUUGGAAAAUAUUUUAAAAAACCUCCUCUAACAGAAAAGUUGUUGAAGAAACCUCCAUUUAGAUUCAUUCAAGAUGUUGUUGCGGCAGUGAUUAAGGAAACUGGCUUUCUGGAAGGUUUAUUUACUAAUGAGGAAUUAAGUGCUGAUAUUUCUAAAGACAAAGAAAAGAAACUUGCCUUUUUAACAAAGCUUAUAGAUGUUAUUAAGUUAAUAACAGGUCUUGACCUGACAGUACGUGCAACAAAAAUUAUCUCUGGCCAUGAACCCACAAAGACUAAUGAAUUAUUUCAAGCAAUUGGAAAAGCUUUAGACAAGAAAAUUAAUAGUAAAGAAGCUAUUCUUCAUUACAAGAAUCGUAAUGCAAAAAAUUUGGAUGUUAAAAAUUCCGCAAAAAAGCCAGUCAAGAAAUCAACUCCUAGUACAUUAGCACCUUCCGUGAAAAAUGUUAAAAGAGAGCCAAAGGAUAUUGAGAAGGAUAAAAAGAAAAUCAAAAAAUCCAAGCCACAAGAACAGACAACUGUAAGAACAGACGAAAAGAAAGUUGUAAAAUCUAAAAAUAAAGUUGAAUCUUCCCUACAGAAGAAUAGUAAAACAGUGGAGUUGGAUUUAAAUCAAACUUGUUCCUCAGAAAAGCUACUUGACGUUCCGAUAAGCCGUCCACCUUCAGAAAAAGCUGAAGAAUCUCGAGAUGAUAAAGAUGCUCUUUUAAAUCAAGUUAGUAAAGCACAAAUAGUUGACCAAAAAAGUGUUGUUUCUGUAAAUAAUGAUCGUGAAAGUGAAAGUAAUAGAGAUUUAUCUCCCAAGAAUGCUGAUACCAUGAAAACUGUGCAACUUGGUGAGACUUCAGAGAAGAUAAAACGCACGGAUUCUGCAACUUACAAGGAACCACCAAAGAAAAGUGGUGAGCAUAAAAUUAUACAAAGUUCAAUAUCACGUGAAAGUACAUUUUCAGCAAAGGGUCGAGCUUCCGAUUGGAUAGACGCAGGGAGUAAUCAAGUCACUGUUUCUAACAUUAUUAUUGAAAAUUUAGAGAAAGAAGAAGACACGGAAAAUGAUAUGGUUGUUGUUGAAAAUAAUAAAGAAAAUUUAUUUAAAUCGUAUCAGGAUACUGGCAAUAAUGUAAACGAUGACCAUGGAUACUUGGUUGCUCAAAUUUUAAAAACAGAGCAAGAACUAGUUAAUACAAAUAACACUGAUGCUGCAAAUAAAAAAGUAGAAAUUGUAUGGCAAACAGGAGUUUUGAAAGAUCGAGAAUCAGCAGUGAAAGCAGUUGGCAAUUUGAGAAACUCAAUUCAGAAUUUAAUUAAAUACACAAAUCCUUUAGGAAAAGUAUUGGAUUAUUUGCAAGGGGACAUAGAAAUUACGAUAAAAGAAUUAAUGGAUUAUGAGAAACAAUAUGCUGCUGUAAAUGAGUUGCUGGAAGAAGAGCGCAUGCAGACCGAAAAAUUUAUGAGUCACAUGGAAGAAUCUUUGAAUGACAUCAAAAUGCACGUUUUCGACGAACAGAAUAAAAUCCAUCAGAUGAAAAUUAAUAUUUCAAAAAAUGAACACCAAAUUCAACGGUUAUUAAAUGACAGUGCUUAAAACAUAAUUAAAAAUGUAUGUUAUUUUUAUAUUCUUUAGACUAUAAAUUCAGUCACGUUUUAUAAUUGUAGGAUUUUUGAAAGAUUUGCACUCACUAUACUCUCUAGUAGCACUGAUGUAUUUGCAUGUAUACCAUUUGUUUCAUCACAAUAGUAAGACAUUAAAAAGUGUUUUCCCUUUUUUUAAUUACUUGUUUAAUUUAUUUACUUUCAGUUACUAUUCUUCUUUACAUUACUUUUAUUUAGUACUUGCAAAUAAAUUUUUAAUUUUUACUUGAUAAUAUGACGUGCCCAGUCGGAAACCUUGAACAAUUUCAAAUAUUCUAAAAAGUUCUAGUUUCACCUUAUUUUCUGCGGUAAAUGGAUCAAUCCAUUUAUUUCGUUUAAAGUGGUCGCCGCCUAAUUUCAAAAACUUGUAAAACAUGAUUUUGAUGUUAAAUGGAAAGAUAUUUUCAAAAAAAUUUACAUCUUUUGCUAAAUAUGAAUUUCAAGUGUAAGAGAUGUUAAAACUGUCAGUUUUCAGGCAGUAAAUAAUAAUUUAAAAGACAUACAAUUUACUAUAAAAAUACAACAAAAAUUAUUGACCUUUGUUAAGAAAGUCUAAAUUUAUUAUUAUAACCCAGGUGCGAAUUUUGGUCGGCCGCCAGAGUUGGAAGGUCGGGCGCAGGUCGGCCCAUCUAUGGCUGCCAAUAGGUCGGCAGCCAAAGUCGGGCCGACUUUGGUUACUGUUUCCACCCAAGUUUGGGCCGACUAUGGGUGCCAAAGUUUAGAGAACCUAAUUUUAGUUGGUCGGGCCGACUCUGGCCUCAGUCGGGCCGAUGG